CAGAAGACAGUUCCUCGUAGUAAAGAAGCUCCUUCUGCCCGUCCCAAGAGGCAGGCGGGCCGCUCAACUAGCACGAGCACAACCUCUUCUGGACCUGCUGGUGACCAAAAUGAAGUCCUGUCCAGAAUUUCUCACCUGGAGGUAGAAAAUCAAAACCUUCGCAGUGUUGUUGCAGACCUUCAGAUGGCCAUCUUCAAGUUGGAAAGCCGCCUGAAUGCUCUGGAAAAGUCAUCUACCUCCCACCAGCCCUCACCAGUUCCUCCAACCCAGAAGGUGGAACCAUUCAGCGUUCCCUCCAAGAAAGUGGAGCUCCCAUCUGCUUCACCGGCAAAGAAAGUUGAGCCAGCUGCUGGAGAGGAUGAUGACGAUGAUGACAUUGACCUUUUUGGUAGUGACGAUGAAGAGGAAGACCAAGAAGCUGCCAAAGUCCGGGAGGAGAGGCUGCGUCAGUACGCAGAGAAGAAGGCCAAGAAACCGGGUCUUAUUGCCAAGUCUUCUAUCCUUCUGGAUGUGAAACCAUGGGAUGAUGAAACUGACAUGGUGAAGAUGGAGGAAUGUGUCCGGUCCAUCCAAAUGGAUGGGCUGGUGUGGGGAGCCUCCAAAUUGGUCCCAGUAGGUUACGGUAUUAAAAAGCUCCAAAUCCAGUGCGUAGUGGAGGAUGACAAAGUUGGAACAGACAUCCUGGAGGAGGAGAUCACCAAGUUUGAAGACUACGUGCAGAGUGUUGACAUUGCUGCUUUCAACAAGAUCUAGAAGCAAAACGGUAUCCCCCAUGAAACUGUAACGAAUAAAGAUCAAGAUUGGGAGUGCAA